AUGGACAACUACAAGGUCAUCGUCGCCCCCAUUGCCUCGGAAACCGCUAUGAAGAAGGUCGAAGACGGUAACAUCCUCGUCUUCCAAGUGGACAUCAAGGCCAACAAGCACCAAAUCAAGCAAGCCGUUAAGGAAUUGUACGAAGUCGACGUUGAAUACGUCAACACUUUGAUCAGACCCAACGGUACCAAGAAGGCUUACAUCAGAUUGACUGCUGACCACGAUGCGUUGGACAUUGCCAACAGAAUCGGCUACAUCUAA